AUGUCCACAGCAGCAGCCGUUCCCUUUUCUAGGGAGAAUUUAGAGUCUAUCUUGAAAAGACGCUUUUUCUUUGCCCCAGCAUUCGAGAUCUAUGGAGGUGUUUCUGGUCUGUAUGACUUCGGUCCACCAGGAUGUGCUUUGCAAGCCAACAUUGUCGAUGUUUGGAGGAAGCACUUCAUUUUGGAGGAGGACAUGUUGGAAGUUGACUGUACCAUGUUGACUCCCCACGAGGUCCUGAAGACCUCGGGACACGUUGAUAAGUUCGCCGACUGGAUGUGUAGGGAUCUCAAGACUGGUGAAAUCUUCAGAGCCGACCAUUUGGUGGAAGAGGUCCUGGAGGCCCGUCUUAAGGGUGACAGAGAGGCCAGAGGUCUGGCCGCCGAGGUGGUUGAAGAAGACGAGGACAAGAAGAAGAGAAAGAAGAAGGUCAAGGAGAUCAAGGCCAUCAGACUUCCAGAUGAGGAGGCUAAGGAGUACGAGAUCAUUCUUGCCAAGAUCGAUGGUUUCUCAGGUCCUGAACUUGGUCAACUUAUGAUCAAGUACAAGAUUGGAAACCCAGCUACUAACGGACCUUUGGAGCAACCAAAAGAGUUCAACCUGAUGUUCGAGACGGCCAUCGGUCCAUCCGGUCAGCUGAAGGGAUACUUGCGUCCUGAGACUGCCCAAGGUCAGUUUUUGAACUUCAACAAGUUGCUUGACUUCAACAACGAGAAGAUGCCAUUUGCUUCUGCAUCCAUUGGCAAGUCUUUCAGAAACGAGAUUUCCCCUAGGUCAGGACUUUUGCGUGUGCGUGAGUUUUUGAUGGCUGAGAUCGAGCACUACGUCGACCCCAACGACAAAUCCCACAAGAGCUUUGACGACUUCAAAGACGUCAAAUUGAACUUCUUGCCUCGUGAUAUACAGGAAGCAGGUAAGACUGAGCCUAUCACCACCACUGUCGGUGAAGCCGUUAGCUCGAAGAUGGUUGACAACGAGACGCUCGGCUACUUUUUGGCUAGAAUCUACCUGUUUCUGACCAAGAUCGGUGUUGACCCAACUCGUUUGAGAUUCCGUCAGCAUAUGUCUAAUGAGAUGGCUCAUUAUGCCCAGGACUGUUGGGAUGCUGAGUUGCAUACUUCAUAUGGCUGGAUCGAGUGUGUCGGUUGUGCUGACAGAUCAGCGUAUGACUUGACCGUGCACUCUGCUAGAACCAAGGAGAAGCUGGUUGUUCGUGAGCCAUUGCCAGAACCAAAGAAGGUCACUCGCCUGGAAGUUGAGAUUGAUAAGAGAAAGUUCGGACCUAAAUUCAAGAAGAAUGCUCCUCUUGUCGAGAACUGGUUGACCGGCCGCACGGAAUGUGAACUCGAAGAUCUGGCCAAGGAGUUGGACGAGAAGCUAAGCAUUAGCGCUAAGAUCUCUGGAUUUGAGGAACCAGUUGAGAUCGGUCAAGAUCUUAUCAAGAUUGAGGAAAAGACUCAUGUGGAGCACGUUAGAGAAUACACCCCUAACGUGAUCGAGCCAUCCUUCGGUAUCGGACGUAUUCUCUACGCAAUCUUUGAGCACACCUUCUGGGCCAGACCCGGAUCGGAAUCGAGAUGUGUUCUGUCUCUUCCCCCAUUGGUUGCUCCUACAAAGGUGCUGUUGGUUCCAUUGUCCACCAACGAUCGUCUCUCUCCUAUCACCAAGAAGGUCUCUAAGAUCCUGAGAUCUCACCAAAUCCCAUUCAAGAUUGAUGAUUCUUCUGCCUCUAUUGGUAAGAGAUAUGCCAGAAACGACGAGUUGGGAACUCCAUUCGGUGUCACCAUUGACUUCGAUUCUGUUGAUGAUGGUUCCGUUACGUUGAGAGAACGUGACUCGACCAAGCAAGUUAGAGGUGCCAUUGACGACGUGGUCUUGGCCAUCAAGAACAUCACUUACAACGGUGUUUCAUGGGAAGACGGAACCAAGAACCUUGUGCCUUUCGAGUCGAAGGGGGAUGAUGAAUAA